AUGGCAGAUAUUUAUUCCAAUGAAAAGUUAUAUCAAGUUUUAGAAUGCAAUAUGUAUGUAACGAGUAUAUUAUAUCUUCUUAUUGAAGUAAAAAAUGAAAUUGGUAUUGGUAAAUGUGAUCUGAUCACUCAGUCUGAUUAUGAAGUAAUUAUCAAUGACAUUGAAAAGGCCGUUCUUCAUUUAUAUAAAAAUAAUCUUAUUUUUGUAGACCUUCAUGACUCUAAUAUUUUGGUUAUCAGAAAUAGUAAAGGGUAUCAUAGGAUAUUGAUAGAUUUUGACUGGGUUAGCAGAGAAAAUGUGAAAUUUUAUCUAUUAUUAAUUAACCUUGAUAUUAUUUGGCUAAUUGAAGUUAGAGAUAAUGAACUAUUGAAGAAGAAAUAUGAUGUGUAUUGGUUGAAUUGA